AACAAAACAGGUUCCUCAAGAUUGAAAGCAAGCGUGUCUGCAAGCUCAUAGCAAAUAGCUAGCUAGCUAUCAAGCAAGCAAGCAAGCCCCGCGAUUCGAAGAGAGAUUGAAGGCGGUGAAUCUCUGCGCAUUGCGCGACCCAAUUCGAUUCGACGGCUCGGUUCGAGCUUCGCAUUCGCGCCUGGAUCUCGAGGGAUCGCUGGAGUGGAUGACGAUGCGGAUUCUGGGAAGUGGGCUGAUGCCUUGGUUGCACGGCAAGGUCGUCGAUCCCCUCCUCCAGAUCCUCCGCAAGGGUGCAGAACCAAAGCAGCUGGCGUUUUCUGCGGCUCUUGGGAUUACCCUCGGCGUGUUUCCAAUUUGUGGUGUCACGGUCUUUCUUUGUGGAGUGGCGAUUGCCUUGCUUGGAUCUCGAUGUCAUGCCCCCAGUGUGAUGCUGUUUAAUUUCAUGGCUACUCCUUUAGAAUUGAGUCUGGUGGUUCCAUUUCUGCGCUUUGGCGAGUUCAUAUCAGGGGGGCCUCAUUUUCCACUAACAUCUGAUGCCUUGAAGAAGGUGCUAAUGGGUCGUGCAUCUCGUGAAGUCUUACUGAGUAUAUGUCAUGCGUUAUUGGGAUGGCUUGUUGCUGCGCCUUUUAUUUUCGCCUUCCUCUGUGUAUUAUCUCUACCAUGUUUCAAGCUUUUGGUAAGCAAGUUCAAAUCCGGUUCGUCAAGCCCUAAAAAGACCGACCAUUCGCCAAAAGAUGUCAAGAUAAAGGUAAGAGAUGUCUGACAGCUGAUUACUCCUGCAACCCUUGUGUAUAUAAGACUAUUUUCAGCUUUGUAUAAUGCUCUGCGGUUGUCAUCUUUUAUGCUGGUGCUAAGGCGCCAUGUGGGUCAGAGAGUAACCUGUGAACGUUAUGAUCACAUUUAGAAAUCAAUCGGAAUCUCUACUGAAUAUGUCAUCCACUCGAAUGUGCAGUGGAUUCAAUGUAAUUUGUUCUUUCAUGGUUAUAUGAAACGCAUUCUGCCAUA